AUGAAUGCAAAUCCUUGUUGUUUCAACCCAUGUCAAAACCGAGGUGUGUGUCUGACCACAGGAUUUGACCGGUAUGAAUGUGAUUGUACCCGGACAGGGUUCUAUGGUGAAAAUUGUUCAACACCUGAAUUUCUGACAAGAAUAAAAUUAUUACUGAAACCCACUCCAAACACAGUGCAUUAUAUACUUACUCACUUCAAGGGCGUUUGGAACAUUGUCAAUAACAUUCCCUUUGUGCGGAAUGCCAUCAUGAGAUAUGUGUUGACCUCAAGAUCACAUUUGAUUGAUAGUCCACCAACUUAUAAUGUCCACUACGGCUACAAAAGCUGGGAAGCCUAUUCCAACCUCUCCUAUUACACCCGAGCCCUUCCUCCUGUGCCCCAAGACUGCCCCACUCCGAUGGGGGUGAAGGGGAAGAAAGAGCUUCCUAACUCAAAAGAGGUUGUGGAAAAAUUUCUUCUGAGAAGAAAGUUCAUCCCUGAUCCCCAGGGCACAAAUAUGAUGUUUGCGUUCUUUGCCCAGCAUUUCACUCAUCAGUUUUUCAAGACAGAUCAUAAGCGAGGACCAGCUUUCACCAAAGGAUUGGGCCAUGGGGUGGAUUUAAAUCAUGUCUAUGGUGAAACUCUGGAUAGACAGCAUAAACUGCGUCUUUUCAAGGAUGGAAAAUUGAGAUAUCAGAUAAUAGAUGGAGAGAUGUACCCUCCCACAGUCAAAGACACUCAGGCAGAGAUGAUCUAUCCCCCUCAUGUGCCGGAACACCUGCGCUUUGCUGUGGGCCAGGAAGUCUUUGGGCUGGUGCCUGGUCUGAUGAUGUAUGCCAUAAUAUGGCUUCGGGAACAUAACAGGGUGUGCGACGUGCUGAAGCAGGAGCAUCCAGAAUGGGAUGAUGAACGGUUGUUCCAGACAAGCAGGCUAAUACUGAUAGGGGAGACUAUUAAGAUUGUGAUUGAAGAUUAUGUGCAGCACCUGAGUGGCUAUCACUUCAAGCUGAAGUUUGACCCAGAGCUGCUCUUCAACCAACAGUUCCAGUACCAAAAUCGGAUUGCUUCGGAGUUCAACACGCUCUAUCACUGGCAUCCUCUUUUGCCUGACACCUUCCAAAUUAAUAACCACGAGUACAGCUUUCAACAGUUUAUGUACAACAAUUCUGUGUUACUGGAGCAUGGACUUACCCACUUAGUUGAAUCAUUCACCAAGCAAAUUGCUGGCAGGGUUGCUGGUGGCAGGAAUGUUGCAUCUGCGGUACAAAAAAUAUCUCAGGCAUCUAUUGACCAGAGCAGAGAGAUGAAGUACCAGUCUUUUAAUGAGUACCGCAAACACUUUAUGAUGAGGCCUUAUUCGUCAUUUGAAGACCUCACUGGAGAGAAGGAAAUGGCUGCUGAGUUAGAGGCGCUCUAUGGUGAUAUAGACGCUAUGGAGCUGUAUCCUGCUCUUUUGGUAGAAAAGCCUCGUCCAGAUGCCAUCUUUGGAGAGACCAUGGUAGAGCUCGGAGCACCAUUCUCCUUGAAAGGCCUCAUGGGUAAUCCAAUAUGUUCUCCUAACUACUGGAAGCCUAGUACUUUUGGUGGAGAAGUCGGUUUUGAAAUCAUCAACACGGCUUCAAUCCAGUCUCUUAUAUGCAAUAACGUGAAGGGCUGUCCCUAUACUGCGUUCAAUGUCCCAGAUCAAGAGCUCACCAAAACACUCAUCAUGAAUGCAAGCUCUUCCCACGCCAGACUAGGUGAUAUCAACCCUGCAGUGUUGCUAAAAGAACGGUCAACUGAACUCUAGACA